AUGACGCUCUACUAUUCUUUGGUAAUUCUACCCUUCGCUAUUCGCUAUUCAUUGUUCAAUCGGAUGGACACGAGUUUGUCGUCUUUCCAUAUACACGUUCGCUUCGCUCUGCUGUUUACUGUAGAGCUAUGACGUAACAAACAAACAAAACAACAAUUUGUAACUAUGGAGAGAUUGCUAACGGGAUAAUUUUGCAUAGGUAUUCGUCCUACUCAUGGUAGAGAUGGCAGUCUACCUUCUUAUGGUCUUGCCGAUACCGUACUCCCCAAGGAUGCGGUUUUUCACCUGGAUCUCGACGAGCGCAAUCGUGGGAAGGAUACAGUAUUGCCUUAAGGUUGGCUUUCCUUGCCUAAUCGAACAAGUGACUUGAGUAUUAACGAGUCCGAAAUAAAAAUAAAAAUAGAUUACCUUCGUCUUCAUCUUGAUACUGUUCAUUGAUUCCGUCAACCGCGUCUACCGUGUUCAGUCCGAGCUCUCGGAUAAUAAACAUAUGGGAGGCCAGAGCGUUAUGGGGCAUGAACGCAUGGAGGUUCAGGCUAGGAAGUUCUAUUCUCAGCGUAAUAUGUAUGAGGGCCUCCUCUGUUGCUGCGAUCUUAGGGACCGCUUUGCUAACGGAGUCGCACAUAGGUACCUUUGUGGAUUCACACUCUUUUUGUCCUUCAUUCUUGAUCGCACCUACGCUUUGACUCUCGAGAACUUGCAGCUCCAUACCACCGUUAAGAACCUAAGGGGUGAUAAUGCAAAGCUGGCUGAGGGCGGUGCUGAUGAGCUUAAGGAGCAGUUGGCUGCCGCAAAGAGGGAUAACGAGGUCAUGAGGAAGCAGGCCGAAGGUUUGACCAGAGAGUUCAAUGCGUUGGCUGACCGCUUUGCCGAUGUCAGUGGCGGAGAGAGUGUUGGCAAGAAGGAACUCUAGGUCUGGAAUAUGCAUGCCAUGGAGAGGGAGAAACGACCUUUAUCUCCUCUGUUGCAGUUAGCUAGCCAUCGUGAUGGUAUGAGAGAAUUUUAUAAUUAUUUGUGUUUUAAGGGGUUGAAAAAUUUGCUUCUGGCUCAUGGGUAUUCAUUGCUUGUGAUUCGUCUUAUUUUUCACUUUUCUUUGUCUCCUAAGAAUAGUUUGGUGCAGAGCUAUGAGAAUUCGAUUUCAGACCCUGGAGCUCUACGGAGGUACAGCCCAUAAGUUUUGUAUGUUCCACAGGGGCUAAGGGCGACGAGUCUCGCUUGUGGAACCUACAAAACUUAUGGGCUGUACCUUCGUAGAGCGGUUAACUCUUCGUGGUUGCCAAGUUUACAGUUGUUCACGUGACGUUUAUCAAGGUGUGAGGUUAUAGUAGAAUACUUUGCUUUGAACAUUUGUUAGUUUAUGUCACGGUGGAACUUGAUCUCAAAUUCUCAAGUUUCUGGUCAUGGCCUUCCUUAGGUUUGCUAACUUUCCAUGGACCAG